AUGGUUGAUGCCAUACUUGGUGUUGUGUUCCACAAUUUAACAUCUCUACUUCAAAAUGAAUUUUCCACCGUAUCUUCAAUCAAGUCAAAAGCUGAAAACCUGUCAAACACGUUAGAUCUCAUCAAGGCAGUUCUUGAAGAUGCUGAGCAGAAACAAGUCACAGACCGCUCUAUUAAAGUAUGGCUUCAGCAACUCAAAGAUGCUGUUUACGUUCUCGAUGAUAUCCUUGAUGAAUGUUCGAUCAAAUCUAGUCGACUUAUGGGUUUAUCGUCAUUCAAACCAAAAAAUAUUGUGUUUCGUCAUGAUAUUGGAAACAGAUUGAAAGAAAUUACAAGGAGAUUCGAUCAAGAAAGCUCAACUGAAAUAGCUGAAUGGCGCCAAACCAGCUCCAUUUUUACUGAACCGAAAAUCUUUGGACGGAAAGAAGAUAAAGAGAAGAUUGCCGAGUUUCUUCUCACCCAAGCGAGUAAGUUUGACUUCCUUGUUGUGUAUCCUAUUGUUGGUUUAGGUGGUGUUGGUAAAACAACUCUUGUUCAAUUGGUCUACAAUGAUGUUAGAGUGAGUAAAAAAUUUCAUAGAAAAAUUUGGGUUUGUGUUUCUGAGGAUUUCUCUGUCAAUAGGAUUUUGUGUUCCAUUAUAGAAUCUAUUACAAGAGAAAAGUGUGAUGGCUUAGAUUUAGAUGUGAUACAAAGAAGAGCGCAAGAAUUGUUGCAAGGUAAAAGAUAUUUGUUGGUUUUGGAUGAUGUGUGGAAUAGAAAUCUAGAAUUCAAACUAGGAUUAAGCCAAGAAAAAUGGAACAAGUUGAAAUCUGUGUUGUCCUGUGGAUCCAAAGGUGCUUACAUUUUAGUUUCCACUUGUGAUAAGGAUGUUGCGACAAUCAUGGGAACAUGUCAAACUCAUCAUUUAUCUGGCCUCUCAGAGAAGGAAUGUUGGCUGUUAUUCAAACAAUAUGCAUUUGAACAUGAUAUAGAAGAACGAGAAGAGCUAGUGGCAAUAGGCAAAGCGAUAGUAAAGAAGUGUGGGGGAUUGCCUCUUGCUGCACAAGCAUUAGGAGGUCUAAUGCGCUCAAGAAAUGGAGAAAAGGAAUGGGUUGAAAUUAAAGAGAGCAAGCUUUGGUCUUUAUCAGAUGAGAAUUCUAUUUUGCCUGCCUUGAGGUUGAGUUAUUUCCAUUUAACGUCAACCUUAAAACAAUGUUUCUCUUUCUGUGCCAUAUUUCCCAAAGAUACGGAAAUCCUAAAAGACGAUUUGAUUCAUCUCUGGAUGGCCAAUGGAUUUAUUUCGUCUAAGGAAAAUUUGGAGGUAGAAAGAAGUUGGCAAUAUGAUUUGGAAUGAAUUGUACCAAAAGUCAUUCUUUCAAGACAUCAAGAUCAAUGAUUAUUUAGGAGACAUUUCUUUCAAGAUGCAUGAUCUUGUACAUGAUCUUGCUCAAUCAAUUGUGGGGCCAGAGUGUAUGAUUAUGGAGAAUACAAACCAUGAUUUGUCAAGGUGCACACACCAUAUUAGUGUCCAUCAUACUUAUUUUUCAUCAGUCAAUGAGGUUGCCUUCAAACAAUGAAUCCUUGCGAACAUUGUAUCAAUUAGAGCUUUAUGGCUCAAGAAUUUCUGGUUGCUUCCCCACAAAUCCCUCUCUGCGAGUUUUACGUGUGAGGAAAUUCAAGUUAUCAUCACUUGGGAGUUUAGUUCAUUUGAGGUAUUUGGAGCUUUAUCAUAUUAAAACAAAGAAGCUCCCUAACUCUAUUUACAACUUGCAUAAAUUGGAAAUCUUGAAACUGAAACAUUUACCGGAUCUUCUUUGUCUACCAGAACGUUUGAAUUGCUUAAAACAUCUCAGACAUCUUAUCAUUGAAGAUUGUUUUUCAUUGUCUUGUAUGUUCCCUUACAUUGGAAGAUUAUCUUCCCUAAGAACAGUAAGUGUAUACAUAGUCAGAUCAAAAACGGGGCACAACUUGGCAGAGUUACGUGAUCUAAAGCUAGAAGGAAAACUGAGCAUUGAAGGCCUAGAAAAUGUUAGCAGCUUAUCUGAUGUUCGAGAGGCCAAUUUGAUGGGUAAAAAAGACCUCCGAGAAUUAUGCCUGUCAUGGAGCAACAGUGGUAAAACUAAGACACGUGCCAAUAAUGCUAUUGAAGUACUUCAUCUGCUUCAACCUCACUCAAAUCUCAAGUGUUUGAGAAUUCUUCACUAUGAAGGAUUGUAUUUUCCAAGCUGGAUUGAGAUUCAUAAUUGUUUAGUUUACCUUGAACUUAGGUCCUGCAAGAACUGUGUGCAAUUUCCACCAUUUGGUAAACUACCAUUUCUAAAACAACUCAUUUUAAGCAAUAUGGAUGAGGUGCGGUAUGUGGACGUUGAUGAAUCUCACGAUGGUGUGGGGGUGAGGGUUUUCCCAUCUCUGGAAAAAGUCUCAUUACUAGGUUUGCCAAACUUUGAACGGUUAUUGAAAAUGGAAAGGCGGGAGAUGUUCCGUCUUUCUGAUUUGACCAUUUGUGGUUGCCCUAAACUUGUGUUGCAAUUCCUUCCAUCCCUUAAAGACCUCAUUGUAAUUGGAUGUAACAGUCAGUUACUAAGGCCAAUAUCUAGUUUCCAUUGUCUUACCACCCUUCUGCUUAGUGAAGGUAACAAAAUGACAUCCUUUCCAGAAGGCAUGUUGAGAAACUUGACUUGUCUGCAAACUCUUAUACUAACUAAUUUCCCGAAAUUAAAGGAACUACCAAAUGAACCCUUAAGCCUGGCUUUAGAACGUCUGCAAAUUUCUCGUUGUGGUGACCUUGAGUCUUCACCGGAGCAAAUGUUGGAAGGUCUUCAAUCCCUUCGAACAAUUGAAAUAUCUAGUUGUGGAUUGAGAUCCUUGCCAGAAUGUAUUCGAAAUCUCACUUCACUUGAGGUACUGACUAUUUGUGAUUGCCCAACAUUAAAGGAGCGAUGUAAUGAAGGAACAGGGGAGGACUAUGACAAAAUAGCGCACAUUCCAAAAUUUGGUAUUGAAUAGAAUAAAAAAGCAGACAUGUUUGAAGAACAUUGAGUCAACUUGUUUAUUCUUAUAUACUUCCACCACCACUGUUAUUACCUUUGCUUGCUGCUCCUUCUCAUUUGCCACAUUUCCACCAAAUCCGGUAGGCCUAUAUUCCCUCUCUGACCUUAUUUUGAUUGUGUUUCUUAUAGCUCAGUGACAAUAUGGGAAAAGGUUACCAUUAAACUAGAUUGACAGAUGUGUUCGUCUUGAUCGAAAGUAUGAGACUAUGUGAAUUAAGAAAGUUGUAUUAGAUUUUUUUUACAAUUUAUACUAUUUUUUUUUAGUUUAACUUUUAGAAGAAUUUUUCAAACUCUAUUAAAGUAUUUGUUUAUUAAAAAAAAUCUGUGCAAUAAUUAUGAGUAUUUUGAUAAGAGAAAAAAUAACAGAAAAUGUUAAAAAAUUUCAUAUAUUAAGAGUGAGGUUAUGUAACAAGACUUGUCUACACUAUAGGGCUAUUGAGUCUAAAUUGCCGCCUUAUACCUCAACUGAGUUGUAGAAUUAAUCAAACAGAAAGUGCUAACAAUAUUCUUGUAACUAUUUUUUAACACAUUUUUUAUUGGGUAUAUUAGAUUUGCUGAAUCUAUACUUAAUCAAACCAUGAGAGAAUUAUCAUGAGAAAAAAAUUAAUGCAAUUAAAUAACUGUUGUCAAGAGUGAGGUUAUGCAACAAGACUUUCAUACACUAUAGGGCUAUUGACAUUUAGCAGUUGUCUUGAACUUUGUUUGCAUUGUUGAGUCUAAUUAUUGCCUUAUACCUCAACUGGAGUUGUAGAAUUAAGCAAGCAGAAAGUACUAGCAUUCUUCUCUCUUAACUAUUUUUUAACUCAUUUUUUAUCGGGUUUAUUAGAUUUUUUGAAUCUAUGAUACUUAACCAAACUAUGAGAGAAUGAAUAUGAGAGAAAGCUACAUUGUUGAACUGAUUUUGUUUUAAUGAAUCUCAGUUACCAAUUACAAGUGAAGUGAAUCUAUUUAUAGUUAGAGUAGUUACAGUGGAAGCUCUAAGCUACAACAGGUCUAUGAUAGUUUAGUGUGAACUGACAUGUCAAGAGUUUCUUUAAUACACCCUCGCAAGCUUUACAAAGGCUAGGAUGGUGAUGAGCCACACUGGUUGAGUAGAGAUAGAACUGAGAGCUAGCUAAGAGUGGCAGUUCCUUUGAGAUAUCUAAGGAUGCGUUUGACAAGUUGUCAAUAGGAGUCAAGUUAGUGGGAAAUGUAUAGGUAGACCUUAGUCAGAAGUCUUGAGUUUGAAUCUAACCUUGGGAAUGCAUAAAUGUGUGUUUUUGUUGACAUGUAGUCUGGUCUUUUGUCGUUUCAAGUUGGGUAUCUAGCUAAGUCCUAAAUCGAGUAGUGAGAAGAAAAAAGAGGUAAAAUGUUAUUAUAAAUAUGGAGAGUUAAUUUGAGUUUUCUUCAGCAAAUCAACUUGAGUCUUUUUGGUGUAUCGGAUGCUUGAGUAUAGCUGUAUGUCAUGAGAGUUUGCAAUUGUUUUCACCGUAAAAAUUGCACAUUGAGUAUAAAAAAAAGUUGUCGGUUGUUUUUGUUUCUUUUUACUUCUUUUGUUGGUGUGUUUGUGCCUAAAAAAUUCUCGGAGAUAUAGUUGUUAUAGAGAAAAUGAAAAUGACCACAAAUUUUUGUUCUGCCCUGCUCUUACUAUUCUAUUGCGUUUUAUAUUCUUUAGUUCUCAUAAUAGCAAAAAAAAAAAUGUACAUUAUUGUAUAUGUAUAUUAUUUAUACACAGUACUAUCAAGAGCAGGAAGAGUAUAAGAGUUUACUCCAGACACAAUGCAUCAGAGUUUCUACAGGGAUGGAUCUAUGAAGUAGGAAGAAAGUAGCUAUUUUAUUUUCACAUUGUAACUUUAGUGCAAGAAUUGUAACUUUUAAUCAUGUUGAUGAAGUAAUGAUUAAUCCAA